AUGCUUAUGCACGAAGAUCAAAUCCAUAGCAGCGAUCACGAACGGACCACCAACUCUAACACAGACGCCGACAAACCACAUAUGGCACUGCUGCAGGCCAAUUUUGAAACAGCGUUGGCUCGAGGCCGAGAGUCUGGUCCUCUUGAGCCAUCGUAUGAAGGCGAAAACAACUUCUCCCCACCAGCCGAUUUGGACCCGGCGAUGUUUCUAGUCAGCCCUCUACGGGAUGGAGGUCCCACGCCGGUGCCUUACUCCCAUCGCAUGCUGUCCCCAACGGCUGGCAUUGAACGCAAAACAAAGGACUCUUCCGAGUGCGGCCUCCGAGCCGCAGUGCAACGACUCUCUUCCUAUCUCCGUCCAACGACCAAAGCAGGACCGAGCGGUCCCACUGACCUGAUGGGAAUCUCGCCUCAAGCCAAUCCGGAUGACUUUCCAAUCAAUUGUAAGUUUGAAGCACGGCUGCAGAAGUAUUUGAAUCCGCGAGUGAUUUAUCGUGACCCGAAAGACGAUUCAAUCACCUUGAAUUUUGCGACCUUGCACCAAGCGGAGUUGCAUCGCCUUCGAAAAUCUUUGAUUGAAGCGGCGAUAGACUUUGCGUACGGAAAGCACUCUGAAGACGACCCGUUCCCGACGCUGGGUCUGAUUCAUGCCUACAGAAAAGCCUUAGAGGAUUGGGACUAUAUCAAAAGCUGUGCGCUGAAGGGUAAGGAGAACGAUCCCUUCAUUGCAACAAGUAAGGAAUAUCAGGACUGCGUAUAUAUCUGGCAUGCCUGUGCGGAAUUUCGAGGCGAGAUGGACCAGCAUGAUCAGUCAAGGCUCUUGGGACCGGUCGGGCCUGAUUCGCCCUCAACUCAUUCGAAUCCAUCGAUCCUCGGGGCUGCCCUUCAAAGCCUACCAGCACCUACGCCUCAUGAGCUACAAAUCUUUUGCAAAUUCGAUACAGCUUCCAGGACUCGUGAUACCCAAGAUCUCUGGGGCGCAUCCCGCAACAAAGGGAACGAGCGUGCAACCAAAAGGGCACUAUUCCAGCGAAUAGGGAUGGCCUUUAUGGGUGGUGCAUUUCUCAUCGGUCCUAUGCUCGUAAUGGUCUUGCAUCCGAGUCAGCUCACGGCGUUGCUGACGACGUCUCUCUGUGUCUUCGCUUUCGGUUUGAUAAUGGCUCUGUAUUUGGACGACCCGUUCAAUGUUUUGUCGGCUACUGCCGCAUAUGCCGCUGUCCUGGUGGUGUUCAUUGGAAGUAAUGGUACGGGGUAG